AUGAUAGACAUUUUUGCCACCUUGCGCUAUUCGGACGAGAGGCAAGUGACCUUUGUGGUUUUCCAACUCGAAGGGGCCGCUCGUUCUUGGUGGAACAUUAUCCGGACAAAGUGGGAGCGAGAACAGAUGCCAAGGACAUGGGCGAACUUUGUCAGGGAAUUUAAUGCCAAGUAUUUUCCGCCAUUGGUUCAGGAGAAAAAGGAAGACGAAUUUAUUCGUCUACGCCAAGGCACGCAACCGGUGGCCGAAUAUGAGAGCCAAUUCACACGCUUGUCCAAGUUUGCCCCUAAACUUAUUCUGACUGAACAAAGGAGGGCGAGACGCUUCCUUCAAGGGCUUAAUAUAGAAAUUCAAAAGGAUUUGGCCGUAGCCCAGAUCACCACGUUCAGUGAUGCCGUUGAGAAAGCUUUACGAUCCGAGAAUGCCCGGCUUCAAGUGAGGAAUUUUCAAAACCGAAAGCGUGGAGCUUCUGGGAGUAGCUCAACUCAAGGGGAUAAAGGUACCCCUGCUAAAUUUGGAAGGGGAGCCGGAGGGGGACGAUUCUCGGGUACGGCAAGAGGGGCUCCUUCUCGAGGAAGUCAACCGGGACUAGGCCCGCAAAGGAGCAGCUCACAGGGGAGUUCCGCCACUGUUUCUCGUGGGCCGUGUAGCUUCUGCGGGAAACCAAACCAUACGGAGGAUGACUGCUGGAGGAAGCAGAAUAAGUGUUUACGAUGCGGGAGUGCAGAGCACCGGCUCGCCAGUUGUCCGGUCCAGCCACGAGAAGCGAAAGGAAUUACGCAGUCAUCUAAAGCUACCUCAAUUCAGUCACGGGUAGAAGGAGCUAAACCGAAGGUGCCCGCUCGUGUGUACUCCAUCGAACAACGUCCAGUUCCUGACUCGGCCGAGGUAGUGGAAGGUACGAUUCCUGUCUUCCACCGCCUAGCUAGAAUUUUGAUAGACCCUGGAGCCACCCAUUCCUUUGUUAACCCCGAGUUUAUGUGUGGAAUUGAUAUAAACCCUGUCACUCUUCCCUUUGAGCUGGAAAUUAGUACUCCUACGGGGGACCAAUGCUUGAUUUCUAGCAAAAUGUAUACAAAUUGUGAGAUCUGGGUAGGUGAGAAGAAGUUAUUGGGGAAUCUGAUAAGUUUAGCCAUAAAGGGAUAUGACGUGAUUCUGGGCAUGGAUUGGUUCGCUCGAUAUGAUGCCCAAUUAGAUUGUAAGAGGAAAAUAGUAGAAUUUCGUAUUCCUGGGGAGGCAACUUUGAGGUUAGAUGUGAGGGGUAGUCUAGCCUCAUCUGCUAUGAUUUCGAGUAUACGAGCUAGGAAAUUAUUGAGUAGAGGGGCGCAAGGGUUCCUAGCUUUUCUUAUUAAUACUCCUACCGACAAACUGAAGAUAGAAGAUGUACCGGUGGUGAGUGAAUACCCAGAUGUUUUUCCUGACGAGUUAGUAAAUCUACCUCCAGAAAGAGAAAUUGAGUUUGAAGUUAACCUUUUACCUAGGACUUCUCCUAUUUCCAAAACUCCUUACCGAAUGGCACCAGCGGAACUCAAAGAGUUGAAAUUACAGUUGCAAGACCUUCUAGACCGGGGGUUUAUUCACGAGAGCGGAUCUCCUUGGGGGGCACCUGUUCUCUUUGUUAAAAAGAAUGACGGGACCUUGAGACUGUGUAUUGACUACCGAGGGUUGAACAACGUGACCAUUAAGAAUAAAUACCCACUACCCCGCAUUGAUGAGUUAUUUGAUCAAUUGCAAGGUGCGGUGGUCUUCUCAAAAUUAGACCUUCGACAGGGGUAUUACCAACUGUUGAUUAGAAAGGAAGAUGUGCCUAAAACUGCCUUCAAUUCUCGGUAUGGGCACUACGAAUUUGCCGUGAUGCCUUUUGGCCUGACUAAUGCCCCUGCCGCUUUCAUAGACCUCAUGCAUCUGAUUUUCAAACCCUAUCUCGACCGAUUUGUCGUUCUUUUUCUCGAUGACAUAUUGGUUUAUUCAAAAACCCGGGAGGAGCAUGGACAACAUUUGAAAGAGGUCCUACAAACCCUGAGGGAGCACCGGUUGUAUGCUAAAUUUAGCAAAUGGUUGGCAGGUUAUUACCGGCGGUUUAUUAAAGAUUUUUCGAAACUUGCCAGUCCCUUAACCGAUUUAACAAAGAAGGGUGGACGAUUCCUAUGGGGUGAUAAGUGUGAAACCAGCUUUCAAGAGCUGAAGCGGAGGUUAACUAUAGCCCCUAUCCUGGCCUUACCUAACGGUCCGGACGGUAUCACUGUUUAUACUGACGCCUCCAGAGAAGGUUUGGGGUGCGUGUUGAUGCAACACCAAAAUGUGAUAGCUUAUGCUUCUAGAAAAUUGAAAACCCAUGAGCAAAACUAUCCCAUUCAUGACCUCGAGCUGGCCGCAGUUGUCUUCGCUUUGAAAAAGUGGAGACACUAUCUAUAUGGGGUGACCUUUGAAGUCUAUUCUGACCAUAAGAGCCUCAAAUAUCUCUUUUCCCAGAAGGAGUUGAACAUGAGACAGCGCCGGUGGAUGGAAUUCUUGGAGGAUUAUGAUUAUACCAUUAACUACCAUCCGGGCAAGGCUAAUGUGGUAGCCGAUGCCCUAAGUCGUAAGGCUCAAAUUUCUAGGUUGAUGGUGAAAGAGUGGGAAUUAUUAGGAACUGUUGGAGAGUGGAAUCCAAAACUGGGGCAUAAUAGGAUAACCUUUGGGAAUAUACGAGUGAUGUCCAUGUUUCUAGAUAAGAUUAAGGAGGCUCAAAUUAAGGAUCCAACAGCUCAAAAAUGGGUAGAAAAAGUGAAGAAAGGAGAAACUCCCGAUUUUAACUUGAGCCCUGAGGGGAUUCUAAGGUUUCGGAAUCGAAUAGUGGUGCCUAAUGAUGAAAACUUGAAAAGGGAGAUUUUGGAGGAAGCUCAUCGAUCUAAAUAUACAAUCCAUCCAGGAAGUAACAAGAUGUAUCAUGACUUGCGACGAUUAUACUGGUGGGACAGGAUGAAGAGAGAGAUAGCUCAGUACGUACAAACCUGUCUAGUGUGCCAGCAAGUUAAGGCCGAACAUCAAAAACCUUCGGGACUACUGCAGCCUUUGGAGAUACCCGAAUGGAAAUGGGAACAUAUUACCAUGGACUUUGUUUCUGGACUACCUAGAACCCAAAAAGGACAUGAUGCCGUUUGGGUAAUCGUUGAUCGAUUGACCAAGUCGGCUCAUUUCUUACCUGUGAAUAUGAAGUAUUCCAUGGAUAAGUUAGCUCGCGUAUAUAUGGAGGAGAUUGUGAGAUUGCAUGGGGUGACCGUGAGCAUAGUUUCCGAUCGAGACCCACGUUUUGUGUCCAGAUUUUGGCAAAAGUUUCAGGAGACUUUAGGAACAAAGCUGAAUUUGAGCACCACUUAUCAUCCGCAGACGGAUGGACACUACCACUCGUCAAUCCAAAUGGCACCGUACGAAGCUCUUUAUGGACGAAAGUGCCGUUCACCGAUAUAUUGGGAUGAAGUGGGAGAGAAGAAGAUCCUAGAACCUACCGUCAUUCCUUGGAUGGAGGAUGCCCAAGAAAAGAUAAAGUUAGUCCGUCAAGGACUCGAGACAGCUCAAAGUCGCCAGAAGAGCUACGCCGAUAACCGAAGGAAAGAUCUGGAGUUUGAAGUUGGAGACCAUGUAUUCCUUAAGAUUACCCCGUUACGGAGUGUUACUGCCGGCAGAGGAAAGAAACUCCAACCUAGAUACAUAGGACCUUUUCCGAUUCUUCAGCGAGUUGGAAAAGUAGCAUACCGACUUGAGUUGCCGCCGAACCUAUCCCGGAUUCACGAUGUAUUCCACGUGUCAAUGCUCAAAAAGUAUUACCCCGAUCCGACUCACAUCGUCCAGCCGGAAGAAAUCGAAAUUGAUGAAACCCUUACUUACGAGGAGAUACCAGUGCGAGUGCUUGAUAGAAAAGUUAAAGAGCUGAGGAAUAAACAAAUUCCACUGGUGAAAAUUCUGUGGAAGAACCACGGAGUCGAAGAGGCAACCUGGGAGAUGGAGGAAAAGAUGAGAACAAAAUAUCCAGAACUGUUUAUUGACUCAGGAGUGAUUGAAGUGCUUGGUGGUUUUUGUUUGAAGGGAGAGACCUCCAUCUACCUUGUAUCUAGUAAUUGUAAGGUUAUGGCCGGAACCAGUGGUGCGGGUAGAGGUGAGCCACCUAGGAGACGCCCGCGCGUUGUCAAUUAUCAGGAGAGGCCCGGAGGUCCGAUCCGGCUCUGGUAUACCGCUAGUCGGACCCGUCGUUGUAGGCGUUGCCAGAGUCACUCUUAUGCGGACCACGUGGUCGUGGCGGUACUGCAUGAGCGGAGGAGGCUUAGACGGGCUGCCGCCAGGGACCACACAGAGAUGCUUAGGCUGAGAGGCAUCACGAGGAUGCAAGCCGACCGGAUAGGGGAGCUCCGUGAGUACAUAGCUAUGGAGCAGGAACGUACUAACGCUCUUAGAGAGCAGUUGCAGGGGGUUAACCAUCGCCUUACCAAUGUCAUCCGGGAGGUUAGAGACCGUUCCGACGGCAUUAUUAACGAGUGUGAGGCGCUGAUCCAAGGUGUGAUUGGCGCCAAUGCGCAGGCGGAGGCUCCUAGUGAUGGAACCUCUGACGAGGGGAGCACCCCUAGUUCUAGCCACGGGGGAGAGUCGGUGGCCUCGGACCUCGCGGUGGCUCAGAUUAGUGCUUUUAGUGAGGCCGUGGAUAAAACCCAGCCUGUGGAAAGCGCUAGGCUACAGGUAAGAAACUUCCAGGCAAAGAAGCGAGACUUUCCUGGGAGCAGUUCCGAGCAGGGGGAUAAGAGUGCCCCCCCGAAAUACGGACGGGGAGCCGGAGGUGGAAGGCAGUCGGGCGCAGGUAGAGGGGCUCCGUCUAGGGGUGGCCCAGCUGGAAGAAGCCAGGGAGGAAGUUUCCAGCGAGGUUUGGGAUCGGCGUCCCGUGGACCCUGUGGGUAUUGCGGGAAGCCAAACCACACUGAGGACAACUGCUAG